UCCUGCAAUGAUUACAGGUUUACUGUGUCCUGCAAUCAUUCAAAGAUUGACAUCAUGGAGGGGAAGCUGCUGGUUUGUGCUGCAGUGCUCCUGGUUUUAACUGCAGAAAGCAACGCACAGUCAGAUGUUUGUGGCAUUGCACCGCUCAACACCAGGAUCGUAGGAGGCGUAAAUGCUCCACCAGGGUCAUGGCCCUGGCAGGUCAGUCUACACAACAGCAACGGACAUUUCUGCGGAGGCUCCCUGAUCAACAGCCAGUGGGUCCUGAGUGCUGCUCACUGCUUCUCCAGCAACAGCAUGACAGAUUUAACUGUUUAUCUCGGACGUGAAACCCAACAAUCCGUAAAUCCUAACGAGCAGUCCCGGACGCUGGCAGAGAUCAUCAUAAAUCCAAACUAUAACCCUAACACACACGACAAUGACGUCUCCUUGUUGCUUCUGUCCUCUCCUGUUACCUUCACCGACUUCAUCAGUCCGGUGUGUCUGGCGCCGGGUGGCAGCACCUACGCUGCCGGGACAGUCUGCUGGGUCACCGGAUGGGGAACCAUCUCAAGUAGCGGCACUCCUCUUCCAUUCCCUCAGAUGCUGCAGGAGGUCAGCGUUCCCCUUGUGUCCAACACGCAGUGUAACGCUGCUUAUGGAAUAAUCACAAGCAACAUGAUCUGUGCUGGUCUGACGGCGGGAGGGAAGGACUCCUGCCAGGGGGACUCUGGCGGCCCGUUGGUGACUAAAGUCGGCUCUGUGUGGGUCCAGAUCGGAAUAGUGAGUUUUGGAGAUGGCUGUGCUCAGCCCGGCUACCCAGGAGUCUACACCCGAGUGUCCCAGUACACCUCCUGGAUCAACAGCCAGACCAACGGGACAUUUGCUACAUCUGCAACAUCCACUCAUCUGGUUUCCCUCUCAGCUCCUCUGCUGCUGUCCUUCUUGCCUAUUCUCUUCUCUCUCUUUGUGCUUUCAUAGCAACGUCUAAUGGUCGGGAUCACUGGAUUGCUGCCUUAUGAGCCUCUGAUAGUCAUUUGUCUUUAUAAACAAGAAAAUGACAGAAAGUAGAGACAGAGUCUAAUCUUUUGAAUUGUCACAUCUUUUUCUUUCUUUUGCUACAUCUUUUUAAAUGUAUACUGUAUAAUGUUAUAACUUCUGUAUCACGGGAAGAUGUCUUAUGUUUUCGGUUGGGGCUGCAGCUGACUAUUAUUUUCAUCACCAAUCAACCUGCACAUUAUUUUCUUAAUAAAUACAUUGUUUUUUUUCUAUAAAAUGAUCAGAAGAAAUUGGACAAAUAUAUAUAAUUUCCCAUCGCCCAAAGAGAUGUAUUCAAAUAGUUUAUUCAACUCAAUUACUUUAUGGUCACAUAAAUGUAAGAAAAGCAUCAAAUUUAUUGAGAAUAAAGUAAGGGAACGUUUGGAUGUUUUGCUGCUAUAAUGUGAAAUUGUUUUAAUCUACUGUGGAAACUUUAAGUAGUUUUUUAAUGAAGUUAAAUUAAAGACGUUAUUG